AUGUCGGUGGGCCUGCAGCGGCGCGUGCCGGCGCUUGACGAGGCGGGCGGCGUGGGCGCCGGCUGGAAGGGCGGCGGCGACGCGCCUUUCGGCACGUUCGCCGCGCCCGCAGGCUCGCCCGCGGGGCCCGCGUUCGCCGCGUCGCCGGCGCCCUCCACACCGGGCCCGGGGCCCGGGUUCGCAGGGCCGCCGUACGCAGGCCCCUUCGGCAGCCCGUCCGCGCGGCCCGGCUCCGGCGGUGGCUUCGCGGGCCCGCAGCAGGGCCACUUCCCGGGGCCGGGCUUCGCGCCGCCCGGCUCGCCGUUCCACCCGCACGCGCCGCACCCGCCGAUGCCGCCGCACCCGCACAUGAUGGCGCCGCUGCCGCCGCCUGUUGACAGAAGGCACGCGCCAUACUUCGGCCAGCCUGACUACAGAGUGUAUGAACUCAAUAAACGGUUACAACAGAGGACAGAGGACUCUGAUAACCUAUGGUGGGACGCGUUCGCAACAGAGUUCUUCGAGGACGAUGCGACGUUAACCCUCACGUUUUGUUUAGAAGAUGGACCCAAAAGAUAUACGAUAGGAAGGACGCUCAUACCGCGCUACUUCCGCAGUAUAUAUGAGGGCGGCGUCUCAGAGCUGUACUACACGAUGCGCCAGCCCAAAGAGUCUUUCCACAACACGAGCAUCACGCUCGACUGCGACCACUGCACUAUGGUCACGCAUCACGGGAAGCCAAUGUUCACAAAGGUGUGCACCGAGGGUCGGCUGAUCCUGGAGUUCACGUUCGAUGACCUGAUGCGAAUCAAAUCUUGGCAUAUGGCGGUACGAGCGCACCGCGAGCUGAUCCCGCGGCAGGCGGUGCACCCGCCGGACCACGCCGCGCUCGACCAGCUCGCCAAGAACAUCACGCGCCAGGGCAUCACCAACUCCACGCUCAACUACCUCAGGCUGUGCGUGAUCUUGGAACCAAUGCAGGAGCUAAUGUCGCGACACAAGGCGUACGCGUUGUCGCCUCGCGAUUGCCUCAAAACGACGCUCUUCCAAAAGUGGCAGCGAAUGGUCGCGCCUCCAGAGUCUCAACGGCCCGCAAGCAAGCGGCGCAAGCGCAAAGGCAGUGCGGGCGCCAAUGCGGCGCCGCCCGCGCCCACCAAAAAGCGCUCCCCCGGACCCAACUUCAGCCUCGCCUCGCAGGACGUGAUGGUGGUGGGCGAGCCGUCGCUGAUGGGCGGCGAGUUCGGCGACGAGGACGAGCGAUUGAUCACGCGGCUGGAGAACACGCAGUACGAGGGCGACGUGGAGUGGAGCGCGCCGCCUGCCUCGCCCGCCAAGACGCCGCCCGCCGCGCACUGA